AUGGCUGCUCCUGCGGCCGGUGUGGGCCGGCUAGAGGAAGAAGCGCUGCGGCGGAAGGAACGGCUGAAGGCCCUACGGGAGAAGACCGGGCGCAAGGACAAGGAAGAUGCGGAGCCCAAGACCAAGCAGCUUAGAGAAGGGGAGGAGGAGGGCGAGAAGCACAGGGAACUCCGGCUGCGCAACUACGUCCCCGAGGACGAGGACCUGAAGAGGAGGAGGGUGCCCCAGGCCAAGCCCGUGGCAGUGGAAGAGAAGGUGAGGGAGCAGCUGGAGGCCGCCAAGCCCGAGCCCAUCAUCGAGGAAGUGGACCUGGCCAACCUCGCGCCCCGGAAGCCUGACUGGGACCUCAAGAGAGACGUCGCCAAGAAGCUGGAGAAGCUGGAGAAGCGGACCCAGAGGGCCAUCGCCGAGCUGAUCCGUGAGAGGCUGAAAGGCCAGGAGGACAGCCUGGCCUCUGCAGUGGAUGCCACCAACGAACAAGAGGCCUGCGACUCGGACUGA